AAACAAGUCAUUGCUGCUGCCAUUUUCUUUUUACAAAUAGUUUGUGUAAAACAUAACAAUAUAACAAUAACAAUAUCAUUAGAUCAAGGGGUAGUACUAUCUGGUCAUAUAUCUUCUUACCACCACGACCCCGAUUUAUGUCUACCACCUCUUGGAGAAUACGAAUAGGAGGAGCUUUUGGUGCAGUUUUAGGUUAUUCAGCUUAUAAACGUUUAAAGGCACAGGGAAGCAAGCCGAACUUGCACCAAUACUUCAAUACCCUUGUGUCAUUGCGAACAAGAUUCAACCCAGGAGUCCAGUUUUUUGUGUUGUUUUUAUGUCUAAACUUCUUGAAGUGGAUCACUUUUGGGAAAUUAACUCCGCGAGAGAUUAAGAACCUCAAGGACAAGAUUGCCUACACCAUUUGGGAAUUCUUUUUCGGGUUUAUGAUUUUGUACUUCAAAAUUGGGUCAUAUCUGAUUAUCCAGGUGGAAGUGUUCAAAUUUGCCGGGUUGUUUUUCACAAUCAUAUUGUUGAAGGGUUUCCACUAUUUAUCGGCCGACAGAAUACAAACAGUGUUUAAUUUAUCGCACAGUACACCUACCGUUAAACUUUGGGCCAUCAAGUUAUCAAUAGGUCUCAUCAUGUUGAAUCUUAUUGAUGCCAUGUUAAUCGUCAAAUUCUUUUACGAGUUGUACCAUUCAAGCACAAACGAAAAGGGGUUGUCGAUGGUGGAUAAUAUAUUAGUGGGUAUCUUUGGAUUUGAAAUCUUGAAUUUGUUUCCCGUUAUCGUGUUAACUACGUUGAAAUGUGGACUUGAAUUGAGUCAAUAUUUGAAUGAAGAUGAACAAGAAGAUACCCAAUGGAGAGAAUAUAAAUUAAAGUGGAUAUACAUGGGAGAGUUCAUUGUCAAUUUAAUCCGUUUCAUUAUGGUGUGCUUGUUUUCCGUGGCAUUCCUAUACUUUUACACAUUUCCAAUUCAUAUCCUCCCCUCGUCAUAUCUCAGUCUUCGAGUUUUAGUUGCAAAAACCAGAAAUUUUAUAAACUUUAAAAAGAAACAGUUUGUGCUUGAGAAGUUGACAGUACCGACAGAAGUUUUUCGCGAUGAAAAGUGCGUUGUUUGUUUUGAAGAGUUUACUGAUGUCAAUGAUAUUCGACAGUUGAACUGCACUCAUAGUUUCCAUUAUAGAUGCUUGAAAAGUUGGAUCUAUUAUUCAAAUUCGUGUCCAACCUGUCGUGAGGUUAUAUAGAAACUGCGUUGACCGCUAAAACCUGCUUUCAAUUCUCUUUGAUAGUUACGUUGUACGUUAAAACUGUCUUUUUUUAAAAAAAAAAACUAUACUUAUAAUACAU